AUGCCGGCGUGAAUAUACGAAUAACCUUGUACUGACUGCAGAGGCGGUACAGAUACAGGUUUUUCGCUUGACAAAGCCUCUCUGUUGCAUUAGUCAGUUGUUUGCUGUCAAUUGUGAACGAAGCAAGUCUCCGAACAGAGCCCAUUUCAAUAUUUGGUUGUGUUUUAUCGCAACUGAAUUUUAAGCGUGAUUUCGAUAUUAUUAUUCUGAACUGGAGAAUUUAAUUACAAAUUCACUUUUUUGUGGAAAAUGCGACUCGGUUUGUUGCGACGAAACUUCCAUUAUUUCUCAACGGUCGCCAUUAUUUCUUGCUGCUACGUUUUACUUUUGAGAACAUCGACUAAAAGUGGAGAUGACGACAUUCACCCAGGGCCACAUUUAAGUUUUAGUGACGUCAAAACGAACGACUUGAUCAUAGUGGAACGGCCAGGUGACAAUCAAGUGUUACCCCAAUCUGCUCCGCCUGUCACAGAAGAAUACGUCGACAAAUCAGAGCUGAUUGUUACACCGAAAAUCAAGAAAAUAGAAAAAUUGCCAAGGAUCGGACCACCGUCCAUGGAUCCCAACAAGACACUCAACUGGCUGGAUUUGUGGUCGAACGAUACCAUCUGCAAUCAAUUCACCGUUCACCUGUUGGAGGAAAACUUAUUACCCCGAGCUCUGGUAUCUUUCCCCGGAAGCGGAAACACUUGGCUCCGGAUGCUCCUGAUGGGCGUGACUGGUCUAUACGUCGACACCAUUUACCCUGGCGACGAAUUCUUCAUUUCCAAAGCCGGAAGUAACUACGAAUUGAAAAAGGACUGCAAUUGCUCUCUACUCCAGAAAACUCACGACCUUUCACUCUUCUCGGUGGUUUACAACAUGGCGAUGGCCAAUAAAUCCAGUGAGAAACGACUGAAUCAAGAGGUGGAGCACUUCCGGGGCGAUGGCAUCUUGGUCAUCCGCAAUCCAUUCAAAGCCAUCUUGUCUUAUCGCAAUUUCGCAUUCGGUGGGAACAUGGCCGGAUUGGCUCCGGUCGAAGCAUUUAAACAAGGAAUUGAACCAGUCAAAAUUGGAAAUCGCAAAAUUUCAACAUGGGACCAGUUUAUCAGCCGGAGCGUCGCUAGUUGGGAGAUGCUGGCCACCGUGUGGAUCCGUGGACUGAAACGCGGAGGCGUCGUCUACUACGAGAAAUUACGUCGGGACACUGGGCGGCAGCUGUUGCGGAUGGCGGAAAUGCUUGGAAUUCCGGAUGUGAAUAAAGAUCGGCUGGAUUGCGUUCUCCGUCACAAUCAGGAUAACUCCUUUAAGCGGAGUGAAUCCGGACCGAAGAAUUACCCAAAGAAUCCUUUUACGGAGAGCCAGCACUUGUUGAUACUCAAAUCCAUUCAAAGUGUUCAACUGGCGCUCAAGGAGCGAGGGCUUGAUCCUUUGCCUGUCGAACUCUACGAUUUCUACACUCCGAUGUACCAAUACGGACAUUGGAAUAUCUCCUCUCUGUGAUUGAAUUGAGCAGAUUCUACUUAGUUUCGACUUCAUUUGAUUUGUGAUUGUCAACGGAAAUCAAAAGUAUUUCUACUGUUAAAUUUACUACCUUAUUUAAAACUGCGCUUGGAAUUGAAGUAAUCAUUUAAAACUGUUAUGGACUCCUAAUGAUAUGCACACAAAAAAUACAUGUUGCCUUUUUCUAGUUUCA